GCUGACCGCAGCGUUCUAGUUCGGAACGCGGGCGGCGCCAACGUUCCAUCCUCCGGCAGUGGUCUGCGGCGUCCAGGACAAAGCCGGGGCUGCAGCCAUGGCGGUCAAAAUCCAUGUGGUUUACUGCGGUGCCUGAGGUUACAAGCCCAAGUAUCUGUUGCUGAAGAAGAAGCUAGAAGAGGAAUUUCCGGGCCUCGUGAGCAUCAAUGGCGAGGGAACCCAGGAGGUCACGGGCUUCUUUGAAGUAACUGUUGGAGGGAAGCUUGUGCAUUCCAAGAAGGCUGGACAUGGCUUCGUGGACUCCUCAGACAAAUACCUGCAUAUUGUAGCGGAGAUCAAGGCCGCCCUGGGCAAGUGAGGCCUGAAGGCAGAGCUCAGGGGCCUUGUCCCUGUCCCUGCCCACGGUGCUUUAUGACGGGAAGGAUUGAAAUGUUCUCUGGAUUCCUGGUUCUUCCCUGAAAUCCUUGCAUCUGUUGGGCUGGGGCUGAGACGAAUGCUCCUGGAUCCUGCACUGUGUGUGUGUGUGUGUGUGUGUCUGUCCCUAGCUCCUUGUCCAAAGUCUCACUGUCCUAUGGGUCCGUUAGACUCCUUCCGGAUUCCUGCUUCUUCCUGCCCCAGCCGUCUCCCCCAUCGAGGCCUCCUUUCCUCAGCCCCUCCCAGGUCCGUUGGGCUUUCCCUUUUCCCUGCUGGAGUGAUGGCCCUCCUGUCCAGGCUCCUUGGUUCUCAGACAUCUCUUCUGUAAAAUGAGAGGGUGACAGCCUCAGAGUGGCCUUGUACAUUGGAGGGGGCCCUUUCCCACCUUUACUGGGGAUGGAGGGAGGCUCCCACCUGGCCUGGUGUGGCCCAGGAAGGCUCUUAGAAACAGUAUUGUGCACAAGGGCUAAUUAAUAAAUGGAAGAAAUUAAAUGUC